AUGACAACAAAAGACAGGACACAUAGUGAAAUCAACAAGUUGAAGAAUGCUGGUCAUUUACGUGGUGUCAUGAGCUCGUGUCUAUCGUCAUCGGAUUCAUCUUCCUAUGAUUCAUCAUCAUCGGAGGACGAGAGUGAAGAGUGUCGUGGUGAAGAAAAACAACAAGAGCAAGAAAGACAUACGUACGAGAUGGAAAAAAGUGCCGUGCCUGUUCCACCACCACCUGUGGAUCCAUCAUAUGCAGAAUCUUGUCUUCCAGUGCUUUCACAACUUCCACGUCCACCUAGAAGCGUUAGUGUAGACAGUGGAAAUGGGACUCGAACGGGUUCACUAGUGCAUGUAAAAUCUCCAGUGCUUGGAAAUCGAAAAGAUGCUCAAACGUGGCAAUUACAGGAUGAAGAAUUUUUCAUGACAUCGCCACGGUUUGGAAUGUCAUUAGGCAACAGAGAUACACGACAUGCUGAUUUGUAUUGUGAAAAUAGUGGCGGAUCGCUGCUCUCUGCUGAGGCCGGUAAACGGUAUGACGAGGAGUACCAAGGCCACCCAAAUAGAUUGACGAAGGAUUCGCGCGCCUCUUCGGUCGAUUUCACGCUGGUUCGCUCGCAUGAGCCAAGUCCGCCGCUACCUCCACCGCAGGAACCGCUUCAGCGAUUGCGUGCGCGUUCUUUUUCGUACUCGGCGGCGUAUGGUACGUCGGGAUACACUCCGUUUAAUAAGCAGCAAUAUGGGCUUCCAUUUCCACAUCAGCAGCAUCUACAGCAAGCGCAAAUGGCGCGAGAGUUCCCACCGACUCUUCGCUGUUUUCACUCUGGGAAUGGCAUGAUGCAACCCGGGCAACCACAACCGCCGCCCACUGGUGUCCGUCCACCGCGUGUCAGUAUCCCUACGGAUUCUCCCAUGCACCAAUACCAGUAUGGACCACCGAUGCCUUAUCGCCGCUAUUCCGAUGCAUUUGCAAUGCCACCGUACCCCGACUCGCACAAUGGUGAGCAACAGGAGAACCAGUUGCCCCAGGAAAACAUGGGUCGUGGAAUACGCUCAUACAGCAUGGAGUACGGCAAUUACCCGUCGACGCGCCAAGCUCGUAGUCAGUCAAUGGAGGGAUCUCAGCUCUUUGCUUCAGCACCUCCAAUGGAAUACCCUCCAUCCUUGAGCCGCAGCAACUCGGCCGAUGUUGCUUUUGAUUGGUCACGUGGACACAUGGACCCGGCACCCCCCGCUACCUCCAGAUCGUAUUACGACGUGGAGUUCAAGCGAGGACGACGGGAAGUAUUUGCUGGUCGUGCAGUGUACAAAUCUGGUGAAUACGUUAAGGUGGAAGCAGACCGUGGUGAAGACAUUGGUCGUGUUGUGCAACGUACUACAGAUGUUUGUAAGGUUGGUUCGGGUAAAGAAUCUGGAAGUUCGGGAGAUGAGUCUACCGGGCGUAGCAAGCGCCAUGACUUGCCGACGAAGAAGAUUGUUUGUGUGGCAAGCCAGCGUGAAAUUGAGAUGUUGAACGAGCAGCGCAAAGAAGAGCACGAGGUGUUUGAAGUGUGCAAGAGCAAAGUGCGUCAGCGUCUGCUUCCUAUGAAUGUGAUUGACGCGGAGUAUCAGUUUGACCGUCACAAGCUGACGUUUUUCUUUGAAGCCGAUCGCCGUAUUGACUUCAGAGAGCUCGUCCGUGACCUCUUUGCUAUUUACAAGACGCGCAUUUGGCUGCAGCAAGUCGUCCCGUCAGGCAAGAAAACGGGGAGUGACCCUGAGGCGAACUAA